UAUCGUGGCAGUCGCUGUGGGGAGCAAUGUUUUGCUCAGUGAUUCUUUAAAAAAAACAUUGUCGUACGACGACAACAAAAAAGGUAAACCUAACUCAGCUGCUGGAAUAUUUACACAAGUAAAGGCAGCCAUGUCAUCUGAUGUGAAGAUCACUCGUACUGGGCCCCCUCCAAUGGACCCCAACAAGUCGUAUGUGAACCCUGGAGAAGAGGAUCAGAUGGAAAUUUAUGGGUACAGAAGGAGUAUCUUCAAGUGUGUCAUAAGUGGAGUGUUCCUAGUGGUGACAGCGGGGUUCCUGGGCUUAGUUUUCUACUGGAGGCGGGACUGGAUGUUACAAUGUACUCACUCUCGCUGUUCACUUAGCAAGGCCACCCGUGUGUUAUUGAAGGACCAGUACUUGCAGUGGUCAGUCAACAAAGUGAGGACAGUUACUAGGGAGGGACAGAGCGUGGAUCCAGACCUGUCGUCCAGCUUUGAGAGUGUGGAGUCCCUGACUCACGUCCCACACAUAUCGCUGGAUCCCAAGGCAAACCUGACCAAGACCUCAUCAAGAAAUACAAUGGAAAAACCCGAAGCCAUUAUAAGAAACUUUGUGAACAAGAAGAUCAAAUAUAUUUGGAAUGCAGAGCUCAAGAGCUUUGAACGUCUCAAGGGUCUGGAAGAGGGAGUGUCUUGUGCAUAUUUCUAUGAAGCAGAAGGAGUCAGUGCAGAUGAGAGAGCAAGAAGAAUUGUGCUUUAUGGUGCAAAUUACAUUGAGGUCCACGUUACUCCUAUUUUGAAGAUAUUUAUACAGCAGAUUUUCAGCCCAUUCUACGUGUUUCAAGUGUUCAGCUGUGCCCUGUGGUACGCGGAUGUGUACUACUAUUACGCCAGCACCAUUGUCCUCAUCACCUCAGUCUCCAUCGUGGUGGCCAUAUACCAGAUCAGGAAGAUGGAGAGGAAACUGAAGAAUACCAUUCAUGGCCGGGACACGGUGACAGUAAAACAAGGGACACAUGCUGAUGAUUUUAGUGAGAUGUCUUCAGAUUCUCUGGUGCCUGGAGAUAUCCUAGAAAUUCCACGACAUGGCUGCAUCAUGACGUGUGAUGCUGUCCUCAUAGCUGGAAACUGUAUUGUUAAUGAGAGUAUGCUGACAGGUGAAAGUGUCCCUGUCACCAAAACACCAGUUCCUAAGCCCAACCCAGGCUCUGCUGAAGAGACAUUCUCUAUGAGUCAUCACUCGCGCCAUAUCCUGUACUGUGGGACUAGAGUUAUACAAACCAGGUUCUAUAAAGGACAGAGAGUAAAGGCAGUCGUCCUCAGGACAGGUUUUAUGACGGCCAAGGGGGAGCUGGUGCGGUCCAUUAUGUUUCCAAAGCCAAUGAACUUCAAGUUCACUCAAGAUGCGUACUUGUUUGUUGGUGCCCUGGCCGCCAUUGCUUUCAUGGGUUUCAUCUAUGUCAUAGUCAUAAUGGUGGGUGAUGAAGAAGAGCCGGGAGACAUAGUUCUCCGUACUCUAGAUUUAAUCACCAUAGCGGUACCCCCAGCCCUCCCCGCGGCACUCACCAUUGGCACAGUGUUCGCACAGAGCCGCCUUAAGAAGACUGGUAUCUACUGCAUCAACCCGGCCACCAUCCCAGUGUGUGGAUCCACUAAUGUGGUCUGCUUUGAUAAGACAGGUACCCUUACAGAAGAUGGCCUGGAUAUCUGGGGUGUGGUACCUGCGGAAGAAGGCAGAUUCCAAGAUGUUGUCCAAGAAGCAAACACUUUGCCUGAAGACAACCUUCUCAUCUCCAUGGCAACCUGUCACUCUCUGACCAGGAUAGAAGGAGAGAUCUCUGGUGAUCCUCUAGAUGUGAAAAUGUUUGAAGCCACCACUUGGGAAUUGGAAGAACCAGGAGAAGAGGAGACCAAUAAGUAUGAAUCGCUGGCUCCAACCAUCGUCCGUCCGUCACGGCCUGAUAUCGUAAAUGCUGCCAACCUGCCUCCUGAGUUGGCGCCAUUAGAGGUGGGUAUUGUCCGGCAGUUCACCUUUACCUCUGCCCUCCAGAGAAUGUCCGUGAUUGUGAGGAUUCUGGGACAUGACAACUUCCAGCUGUAUGCUAAAGGAUCCCCAGAGAAGAUAGAGUCCUUGUCAAAACCGGAAACAGUUCCUAAGAACUUCCACAAUGUCCUGAUGCAGUACACAGAGCUAGGCUACCGCGUGUUGGCUUUGGCAUGUAGACCUCUUCCCAAGCUGAACUAUGUGAAGAUACAAAGAGUGGCAAGGGAAGAAGUAGAAUGUGACCUCAGCUUUCUAGGACUGCUGGUGAUGGAGAACAAGCUGAAACCAGAAAGUGCCUCCACGAUCAAAGUGCUGCAAGAGGCAUAUGUUAGGCCAGUGAUGAUAACGGGUGACAACAUGCUGACAGCGCUCAGUGUCGCCAGGGAGUGUGGAAUGAUACAGCCAGGACAGAAUGUCAUUCUGGCCACUGCAUCCCCUCCCUCUGGAGCUGAGCUUAACCCCAGGUUAGAGUGGGUGGUUGCUGAGGAGACCAGCGAGAGAAUCGAAGAGCUGAAAGUGCGAGAACUGGGUGACGUCAACCUCGUCAUGGAGCAAGCCAACAAAUUCCAUAUUGCCGUUACAGGGAAGACAUGGGCUGUUGCUAAGCAACUGUAUCCAGAGAUACUGCCCAAACUUGCAGUGAGAGGUACUGUAUUUGCCAGAAUGUCUCCAAACCAGAAAGCACAACUGGUGGAGGUGCUACAAGAGAUCGGUUACUAUGUGGUAAUGUGCGGGGAUGGAGCCAAUGACUGUGGAGCUCUCAAAAUGGCGCAUGCUGGGAUUGCGUUGACGGAGGCUGAGGCUUCAGUGGCGUCACCUUUUACCUCCAAGGAGCAGAACAUCCGGUGCACGCCAACGCUGAUAAGGGAAGGCAAGGCAGCCCUAACCACAACAUUUGGGAUUUUCAAGUUUAUGGCGUGUAUCAGCUUGACACAGUUUGUAACUGUCCUCAUAUUAUAUUGGAUUGGCAACAACCUGACCGACUUUGGGUUCUUGUAUAUUGAUAUGAUUCCUGUCACAACUUUGGCUGUCACAUUCAGUUACACCAGGGCCUACCAGAGCCUAACCAAGGACAAGGUGACGGUCAGUCUGUUUACUGCCCAGCCACUGAUGUCACUGGUCUUCCAGAUGAUCCUGAUGACCGGCAUACAGACGUUCUUUUUCUUCUAUGUAAAGACCAUGCCUUGGUUCGUCUCCUUUGUGGACAAUCCUGACGAUGAGUAUGCCAGUCACAUGAACGCCACCAUAACUCUCAUCUCCUGCUACCAGUAUGUCACCCUGGCAGUGAUCUUCCACAAGGGGGCGCCCUUCAGGAGGUCCAUGUUCACCAACUGGUUUUUCCUCAUCAACGUGAUAGCUGUGACGAUCAUCAACGUGUGGCUGACCAUCUACCCACCUCAGUUCCUGACUGACCUCAUGGAACUUGCAGACCUUCCAGACAUGCUGUUCAGAAUAAUUAUAGUGUGUGUGGCUGCCGUCAACUUCCUGGCGUCAUUAUUCCUUGAGACCUUUAUCCUGGAUGGUUUAGUCCGAGAAAAAGUUCGCACCGUGACCAGGAAAUGGUGUUGCAAGUCCAAGCAGUAUCGUUACAUGCACAUUGAGGAUGAGAUUAUAGCCUCUUCUCAUUGGCCGCCAGUGAAUACUGCGACCUCUGACCUUGCCAAAGUGCUGCGCCAGGAGAGCGCCAUUGCAACAGAUGAUACCGGCAUUGUGACCAGUUCAAGCAAGACUGAGCUGGACACACAUGAAGAAGAGGCGGAUGCAGCUGACAGUGGAAAAUACAACGAGGCAUUUGAACCAGACACUCCUACUGCUCAAAGUGAUAUACACCCUCCGUCCUACAGUAUCUCUACUGCUUUAUGAUAUUAGAUAUUGUACUGACAUAUAGUUUACUACUAUGGGGGAUACAUGACGCCCGUCCUACUGCCUCUCUACAACUAUGAUACCAGACAUUGUACUGACAUAUAGUUUACUACACUGGAGGAUACAUGGCGCCCGUUCUAUAGCCUCUUUACUACUAUGAUACCAUACACUGUACUGACAUACAGUUUCAUCAACAUAUAAACAUCCGUUGUAUGGAGUGCUUAGCCCUUCCAAAACCAUAAUAAUAAUAAUAAUAAUAAUAAUAAUAAUAAUAAUAAUAAUAAUAAUAAUAAUAAUAGAAAGAAUAAAAGCGGGUCACUUGAAUUUGAUGAAAAUGUUGCGUAGGAAAAAUGAAUUAAAGUAUUCUGAUAUCGUGCAUGCGAACAGCAUUAUACCAUUCAAGGGAACUGUAAACUGAUAUUGUAUAAACCGUUUUUAUGUGUGACAUAUUGUAUUUUAAGGAGUUUGCUUAAAAUAAAUAAGUAUACUUUUCAUUCUCUUUAACUAUUAAAUAAGGUUAGAAACCUGGAAGAUUUGUCUAUUUCUGCAUGUAGGUGAUACCGAGUAUGUGUCGGAGGAGGCUAUAUUUUCAUGUCAGAAUUUCAGUGGAGUUGAAAUGUCAUGCCAUUAUUGAUUUUGGUUAUAAAAAAGCGACAAUAAUUAUAGUGGUGGAUGAUUCUAGUAAAUUUUUGUCGGCUUUUGUCUUAACAUUUUCAAGUCACUUACGUAGGUUAGGCCUGGUUCUUUUUCCUCAUCAGUGUAAUUAAUGCGAAAAUAAAAAAAAUAUCAUGUACAUGUAAUAAGAUCAUGCUGUCACAUCAUGAGACAUUUAGGUGAAUCUGCUUAUUUCAAUGUCUCCCAUUAUUUUUUAUAUUCCUACAGCCUUUCAGCCCGAAAUCUCUCGGGGGCGCACAAGUUAAAAUGAAACAUUAAACGCACAUGUAUAAAAUAUGAUAUAUAAUAAGGUGAAAUUCACAAGAAGACGUCGCUGUUCUCCGUUCGCUACUAACUUAAUGGGCAGCUACAAGCGUUGAAAACGGACUUUGACAUGGUCAAAAGUUUGGACUUAAAGGAAUCAAACAAGAUUUUCAAAGCAAGGGGAAAAGAACUGAAACGCCCUGGUAAAGUGGCAAUCGUGCAAUUAUGAAUGUCUUUCAACUGCUGCCCUCUCUUCUAUAACUGCACUGAUGUUACUAUAAACUACCUUUAAAAAAAA